AUGGAUAUACCCCUAGCAACUCGCCUUAGCCAACUCCAACAAGCUCUCCCAGCUAUAUAUACAAAAAUCGGUUAUCAUGAAAUGUGGGGGGUUGACCUGGUCAAAGGAGACCCGAAACUCAUUGAGACAAUACUUACAAAGUUCUUUAUCAAGGCUUCUGCCCUACAUGCCCUGAUUAUAGAGAGGACAUGCAUGUCCAUCAAGGACACUCUGUCCUGGCGAAAAACAGUCAAACCAUACCCCUUUCCUUUCAAGAAAAUGCCAGAGCUCUCCAGUUUUGUGCACAUUACUCUUUGUAAAGGCCAUCACGUCAUGUGGAUUAAGCUCGACGAAGAAGCUCUGAAGAAAUACAGGCUCCUGUUCGAGCCUUUAAGGUACUCAGGGAGCAUAUCAAAUAUAGUCAUAGGACUUCUAGAGGCUCUAAUGGUCGUUCUUCUUCAAUCUACUUCUAUAUCUGGUGACUUGAAGGCUUCGUUCGUUGUCGACUGCCGUCCAUCCAACUUACCGCCACUCCGGUUAGAAAAAUUCGGCAGUUUUAUCUUCAAUGUGAGAGCUGCUCUACAGUCCAUUCAACAGCAUAUCUCUUCAUACUAUCCUGGGAUCCUCUCACGGUUUUAUAUCAUCAACCCAUUCCUAGAGGAGUUCUAUAAAUUGAAGUUGCCUGAUGAUGUUCUACAGAAAAUAUCUAUACUUCAAAAAAAAAGCGAGCUAGCCAAGUACCUGGGGGAUGGAAUACCUGUUCAAUAUGGCGGCAGCGGCAGACCAUUAUCUGAGAAUGACUGUCUCUCAACUCAGAAGCUUGUUGAUGACCAUUUUCUAACACAUUCCAAUCGAGGAACGAUCCGGGACAACAAUUUAACACAGCCAGAAGCACAAAAAGCGGACCCCGAUAGCCCAAAACCUAAAGGAGUGCAAACACACUUCAGCUACUCAAAGAUUGUUGGUUUUCCAUCCACUAUGUUAGACCCAAAGGACUUGGACGACUGGCCAGAUCUCUGCCCCGGAAAAGGAGGUGCUAGAGUUGUUCAUAUCGACUCUGGAAUGCUCGUCAAAUACGGUCACGGCGUCCGACUAGCAGAAGCAGAAGCGAUGCACUUAGUCGCUACAUCUACAACAGUGGCUGUACCACGCCUUAUUAGUGCAUAUAUUCUGGACGACGUCUGCUACAUUAUCAUGUCUUUUGAAGAAGGGAAGUUGUUAAGUUCCUUUUGGGAGCAUGCGAAUGAGGAGGAGCGCGAAAAGACUGUUUCAAGCCUGAAAGACUCUGUGAGGCAGAUUCGGGAUAUCAAAGGCACAUACAUUGGAGGACUGGGCCAGACUUCGUGCAGAGAUCCAAUUUUCGAUGCAUGGUGGGGAGAUAAGCCAAUUGAAUAUGGCCCCUUCGAAUCUGAAUCUGCUUUCAAUGAAGGAAUUAUCCAAGCUAUGCGGAAUAGAUUUCCACCCAAUCCACGCCCGAUUGACCCUGAAUCGCCUCGUCAUGUUUCAGAAUACAUUAAUCACCAGACAGUUAGGGGCUUGAAAGGCCAUCAGAUCGUCUUUACUCACGGUGACCUGCGCCCUGAUAACAUCAUUGUCAAGCCAGACUGCAGUGUCGUUUUUAUCGAUUGGGGCCUCUCUGGAUACCGGCCUGAAUACUGGGAAUACUACCGCGUCAUGGUUACAAUCCCUAUUAAGGAAUCUUGGGAUUUGGUGGUAGAGAAAUAUAUACCCCCCUAUUACAUUGAAACAGCAAUCAUGAGGCGCAUUGCUGCAAUUAUGUGGAAUUAA